AUGGUUUCCAGUUCUUACUUUACACCAUCACCGAUAGUUCGAAGUAAAAGUUCAAUGAAUAUUUUGACAUCAUCAAAUAAAAACAAUGAGAAAUCUCGUGGUUUAACACAAAUUUGGCCUUGUAAUGUUCAAUUGUCUAGAUAUCAAUCAUUAGAACAUCCUAGUAAUUAUUAUAAUUAUGCAAGAAAAUGCAUCUAUCCACGUCAUAGUGAAACAAUGUGGAAUUUAGUUAAUAAAGCUGCUUUGCAAAAUGCUGCUCAUGAACGAGCUGAAGCAGAAGAAUUACGACUACAAUCAUGGCAAAAGAUUCAACAAGUUAAUAGACAAACUAAAAAUAGACAAGCUGAAGCAACAAAUAAACUACGAGAAAGAGUAGAAGAAAUAAAUCAUUGGAAAAAUGAACUGAAGACGGAAAUUCAUUUAAAUGAAGAAGAACAAGAGAGAUUAAAAACAAAUAUUCAACUUCUAAACUACAAUAAAGAUUAUAUAAGAAAGCCAUUAGAAAUAGCUGAAGAAUGUCUAGCAAACAGAGAACAAAGACAUGGAAUUGAUGAAGUUAAAGAUAUUGUUGAAAGAGCAUUAAGUAAAGAACUUCCCAUACUCCAUGAAGCUUAUCAGUUUAUUUCUCUCGAAGUUCAAACUGUCAACAAAGGAAUUGACUUCAUUACUAAACUUAUUGAUAAAGCAGAAAUUCAAUUAAAACUUUUACGCUCAACUCAGAAUGAACUACAAAAGGAUGCUAUUGAUAAAGAUCACGCUCAAACAAUCGAUGAUCGAUUGUAUGGUCUCUGCAACUCAUCGACAAAUAUUGCUCUCUACAACGGGAUUGAAUAUUUCGACAAUACUCGGAGUAUCCCAACUUCAUGGAUGAGGUACACCCAAGAAAAUUUAAUUCGGUCACAAAAUCAACGUAGUGCAUCUGAAAAUCUACGUGAAAAAAUUGAUUCUGCCUUAAGAUCUAUAAUUGGUAGUGUACAUGGUCAAUUUGUUACGGUGAAUAAUGCACUACAAACAAGAAUAAAUGAAGUUACCAAUGCAAGAGAUAAUCUUCGCUUAUCCUUGAGAAAAGUUACACAGGAAUUAUAUGAAGUGGAAAACUUAAUAGGAGCACUUAAAAAGACGACGGAUGACAAAAUCCAACCAUUGAAGGUUGCACAAACCAGAUUAAAAGAAAGAACUCGAAGGAUCAAUGUGGAGAGUUGUUAUGAUCAACCAAUGAAAACACUUCAAACUGAAGUUUUGGAACUUAGAAAAACAAUCGAAGAACUUAAAAACAAUCGCAGGAAUGCAAACAUCACAUUAGCGAGAUUGCAAAAGAGUCGGACAUCCCUUGAACAAGAAAUAGAAACCAAAGAAAAUUCACUAUCUAUUGAUCAAAGGUGUUUAAGUAUGCGGAAAAGUUUCCCUAUCAAAGAUAAAUACGGAUCAUUAUACGCCAUUCCAGUUAGCUAUUAGAACAGAC